GUUUCAGUAAGCAGCAUUUCCGAGGAAAUGAAAGUAAACGCAAGUUAAGCUACCUCUGACACAUCAGUAGCUUUCCACAGGCAACACAGACUUCUCUGCAGACAUGGCCUCAGCCAGCAGCUUCCUAUAUGAAGAGCAGCUCCUGUGUUCAAUCUGUCUGGAUGCGUUCACUGAACCCGUCACGACUCCAUGUGGACACAACUACUGCAAGUCCUGUAUCACAGGGUACUGGACCAGGACAGACCUGAUCCAGUGUCCCCUCUGUAAGAAGAAGUUCCGCAGGAGACCACAGCUUCAGGUCAACACAGAGUUCAGAGAUAUGGUGGAGCAUUUCAACAACAUGAGGGUGAGGGGGGGCGAUGACAUCCUCGCCAAACCAGGGGAGGUGCCCUGUGACAUCUGCCUUGAGCCGAAGCUCAAAGCCCAGAAGACGUGCCUGGUGUGUUUGGCCUCGUACUGCCAGACUCACCUGGAGCCUCAUCAGAGAGUCACAAACCUUAAGAAGCACCAGCUGAUCGACCCCUCAAACCUGGAGGACAGGGUGUGUAAGAAGCACGACAAGACGCUUGAGUUCUUCUGUCACUUUGACCAGAUGUGUGUUUGUUCCACGUGCUUAAAAGAGGAACAUGCAAUGCAUGGUACUGCCCCGUUAGAGCAAGUGUUCAAAGACAAGAAAUGCCAGCUAGACUAUGUGAUAUCACACAUAAAAAUGACGGAAAACGCUAAAUCUGAGAAUAUUAAGGCAAUCAAGCACGCGGUUGAACGCAGCAACAAAGAAUCAAAGGAAGAGAUAGCAGUCAUUGUUGACGUUUUCACCGCUCUAGUGGUCCCUCUGAUAAGCAGGCGUGCUAAGCUGAUUGAAGUGAUCCAGGAGAAGCAGAAAGCAACAGAAAAGGAGGCUGAAGACUGCGUGACACAGCUGGAGCAAGAAAUCGCAGAGUUGAGAAGAAGAAGGUCCGAAAUGGAGAAGCAUUUACAAACAGAGGACCACCUCCUCUUCCUUCAGAGCUGUCCAUCCCUUUUCUUUCCAGUGAACACCAUCGUAUAUGACGCCCUGACCCAGUCCCCCCAGCUAAUUGAGCUCUCUGCCAUCAGUCAGCAGAAUUAUGUGGGGACGGUGAAAAAAGCAGUGGCUCAGAUGGAAAAGAUGCUCAGUAAGGAGAUGGAGAGGCUUAUUGAGGAGGUCAGGUCAUCUGAUGGAUGUGAGGCCGAUGAAUGGCCCAAAGUAGAAGUGUGGACUCCGCCUCAGGACAAACUGAUGAUGAUCCAGCAGUGUAAUGCGGUGAAUGUGACUCUUGACGCCUACACAGCCCAUCCAAGACUCAUGGUGUCUGAGAAUGGGAAACAACUGAGAUUUCAUGAAGGUCAACCAUCUCUUACUACCUUAUUUGGGAGAAGAUUUCAACACCAUACCCUCAUUCUUGGGAAAGAGGGGUUUUCCUCAGGCAGGUUUUAUUAUGAGGUUCGGGUCAGUGGAAGUAAAGGAUGGCUGUUGGGAGUGGUCAAAGAGUCCGUAAACAGGGAGUUGUUCUGGUAUCCUACCCCAGCCGAUGGAGGUUGGACAGUUGGUGCAAUCUACAACGACGUUGAAGAGAAAUGUUUUGCUAAUUCUACAUUCUCUGCUCCUUUGUCCCUGAGUCAAAGGCCCCAGACAGUUGGUGUGUUUGUAGAUUAUGAGAAGGGAGAGGUCUCCUUCUAUGACGUGGACACCAGGACUCUGAUCUACUCCUACACAGGAUGUUCCUUUAUUGAGAAUGUACCAGCUUUAAAGGCUUUUCUCUAUUAUCUGGCAGGUACAUCCGUCAGUGGCAGACAGAAGCUAUACCCUUUUUUUGGUAUCUUUGAAGAUAAUUCUGACAACAUGCUUGAAAUCACACUCCUGUAACCUGAGCAACAAGUGCCACAUACAUCAGAGUAGAUUAACCUACCUGAGGGUAAUAGUAGUAACAUCAGACAAAUACAAAAGGACCAAUACUCAGUGUAAUAUAGUCUUUGAAUUCAUUCUUAGCCUUUUGUUUUUCCAGUUAUAGAGAUUUUAACUGAAGAAGGUAAUGGUGGUGAGGUUCAUUUCAAAUUGGGGACAAAGGCAGAAGGCACAUCAGUCAUAUAUUAACAUACAUUUGCAAUACCUAAAUAUGACUAUGAGAUGGCACCGUUGUUUAACGAAGGAUCCGGUCUGUUUCUCAGAGAGGCUCGGAGGAAACAACGGGGUGAAUAGUACCAUCAUAAAAACCCAAUUUUUUUCUUUGGCACUGUCAAAAAAGCUUUUGAUGUAUGGUUCAACACUUAUUGAUUAGUCAAUCUAUUGAAAUUUAACAUUAUAAUGAUUUUUGAUAAGAGCAAAACAUUUAAGACACUUUUUAAUGCAAAAAUGCCCCAAAGUGGCUGUUUCUAGCUUCUCACAUGUCAGCGUUUGCUUAUUUUCUUGUGCUUUUUUGAUAGUUAACGAAAUAUCUUUUGGUUUUGAACUGUUGACUGGACAAAAAAAUUAAAACUUCAAUAUCUGAAUUUGGCCUUUGUGGAAUUGUUAUAGACAUCUUUCAAGGUCCUCUGCAAUUUUAAGGUCAAAUCUGAUAAUUAGCUAAUCAUCUGAGCCUACAUAGUCAGUGGGGAUGUAAAAAACUUAUAUCUAUUUUUUUAAUUGUGAUUACAGAACAACUUCUUCAUGCAAAAAUUUUGUUUAUCGUUAAUUCUUUCAGUUUAAGUAUUCGAUUUAAGUGUACAAUUGAUAGCACAUGAUGUGUAUCCUUUUAUGUUUUGAUGACU